GAGUCACAUUCCUCAGACUUACUGGUCAGCCCAGUAACUGACUUCUUUUCUUCCUCUCCUGGACCCUAAGGCAGAAUCUAAUGGAGCUUUCUUACCAGACCCUCAAAUUCACUCAUCAGGCGCGCGAAAUGUACAAGAUGAAGACAGAAGCGCGACGAAAAAAUGUCCUCGUUUUGAUUUUGCAUUAUUUAACUCAAGAAGGAUACAUUGAUACAGCCCAUACAUUGGAGCAAGAAACUCAACUGGGUUUACAGCGCUUUGAAGUUUGUGACAACGUUGACCUUGAAACCAUUUUGAUGGAAUAUGAGAGCUACUAUUUUAUAAAAUUCCAGAAAUAUCCCAAAAUUGUUAAAAAGACAUCAGAUACAGUCACAGCAGAAAAUAACUUACUGCCAAGAAGUGGAGGGAAGACCAAAAGAAUGAUGGAUGACAAUUGUCAAAAUCUCCCCAAGAUCAAUCACCAGAGGCCAAGAUCCAAAGCCCCAGCAGGGAAGACAAGGGACACCAAAUCUCUAAAUAAGGAGCAUCCUAAACAGGAGAGUGUCAAUAAUGCUCAUGUGGAGAAUGCUGACUUUGGUUUAAAUAUAUCAAGAAUUCACAGAGACAGUGGAGAGGAAAAUGCCAUCCCACGACGAGGCCAAAUCACUGACUUUGGAGGGCUGCUCACAGAUGCUGUCAAAGGAACAACCAGUGAAUUUGCCUUGAACACCUUUGACUGUAACCCAGAUCCCUCUGAACGAUUGCUGAAACCUCUGAGUGCAUUUAUUGGCAUAAACAGUGAGAUGCGAGAAUUGGCAGCAGUGGUGAGCCGGGACAUUUAUCUCCAUAAUCCAAACAUAAAAUGGGAUGACAUUAUUGGACUGGAUGCAGCCAAGCAGUUAGUCAAAGAAGCAGUUGUAUAUCCUAUCAGGUAUCCACAGCUCUUUACAGGAAUUCUUUCCCCCUGGAAAGGUCUCCUGCUUUAUGGCCCUCCAGGUACAGGAAAGACUUUACUGGCCAAAGCUGUGGCCACUGAGUGCAAAACAACCUUCUUUAACAUUUCUGCAUCCACCAUUGUCAGCAAAUGGAGAGGGGAUUCAGAAAAACUUGUUCGGGUGCUAUUUGAACUUGCUCGCUAUCACGCCCCCUCCACCAUCUUCCUGGAUGAGCUGGAGUCAGUCAUGAGCCAGAGAGGAACUGCUCCCGGAGGGGAACAUGAAGGCAGCCUGCGGAUGAAGACAGAGUUACUGGUGCAGAUGGACGGGCUGGCACGCUCAGAGGAUCUUGUAUUUGUCUUAGCCGCAUCUAACCUGCCAUGGGAGCUGGACUAUGCCAUGUUACGCCGCCUGGAGAAGAGGAUCCUGGUUGAUCUCCCCAGCCAAGAAGCCAGGCAGGCCAUGAUCCACCACUGGCUGCCACCUGUGAGCAAGAGCAGAGCCUUGGAGCUUCGCACAGAUCUCGAGUACAGUGUGCUGAGCCAGGAGACGGAGGGCUACUCAGGCUCAGACAUUAAGCUGGUUUGCAGGGAAGCAGCCAUGCGACCUGUGAGGAAGAUCUUCAGUGCACUUGAAAAUCACCAGGCAGAGAACAGCCAUUUACCUGGGAUCCAGUUGGAUACAGUGACUACAGCUGACUUUUUGGAUGUUCUAGCUCACACCAAGCCUUCAGCAAAGAAUCUGACUCAGAGAUACUCAGCCUGGCAGAGAGAAUUUGAGUCUGUCUGAAAUCGCACUUACCCUGAUCUGGGUACUAGGUCAACCAUGGAGGUGCCCUAGGUUAUUAGUAUAGGUGGGAGAAACAUCAUGAUUGGAACAGAAAAGAGGAAAAUGAUUUUGAAACAAUGGAGUAAUUUGAACAACAGUAUUUUAUGGAAAGAGAAGAUAUUUUCAUUAAUUUUUCAUCACAGAUGUCAGCAAAAUAUUGGUGAUUUCAAUUACAUUUAUAUGUGCUAUUACAGCAAGCAUUGGAGAUUUGUCUUACAAUUAGACUCCAUAAAAUUUUGAUGAACAAUUUCCUGUAGUUUCCUCAUUUGUAAACUAUUAUCUUCACUUUGAAUAAAAAGAU